AUGGAAGGCGGACCCACCAGCACGACGAGAAAGACGCUCAACCUGUUCGGCACGCUGUCCGGCAGGGGCAAGCGGGUGGCGGUCGCCGCGGCCUCCAUCUUCUCCACGGAUUCGACUUCCAAUUCGAGCACCUCUCCUCGAUCCUCAUCUGCCUCUUCCUCUGCUUCCAGCUCUACAGCUUCCAUCGAUUCCUCCUCUUCCUACACGUCGAAUGUGAAGGUGACGCCGCUAAGGGUGCCCUCCGUGCGCGAAUUGAAACAGCUCUACGAGAAGGACGUCAUCCAAGGACGAAGUAGCAGCACAGAAUCGCAACGAGGAGGACGAAGUGGCAGCCUCGUCGAUUUCCCUGAUCUCGGCACGAGCGACAGCGAAGAUGACGAAGAUCAGCCCUGUGCAGAGGGAGGGGAGGCCACCGGAUCGCUUGGACGCAAGAGGGGAUCGAAGAUCGUGCAGCAGAAGGCCAUGCUCUUCGGUGGCGUCAAGUGGAAGCCCAAUCCCACCUCCACGACUUCAUCUCCGCCUACGCCCAAUCUCUCAUCGAGCCCGCCCAUGACUGUCGACCCCAACAGCCAACAGCGGCGCAAGCCAACACUCGCUUCCUUCACCAAGGCCAAGGAUGAGAUCGUGCGACCACAAGCCGCCUCGGCCCCCUUCCCAUCCACAUCUUCGCCGCGCAGCAACAAGAAGAAAGACAAGAAGGAGAAGAAGGAGAAAGACAAGAAGAAAAACAAGAAGGAAAAGGCGGACGACCGAAGCAGCAGCGGAGGCGGCAACGAAGAUGAAGCCAACGAAGAUGGUGUUGGCAGCAGCGGCAGCCCCAACAACGGCAUCAAGCCGCUCACCCUCAGCGACAAGAAGAGGACGCGGCGAGCGCUGACCGACAUGGGCCGGCCCGCGCUGCCCCUCUUCCUGCGCUCCUCGGACGACAAGGCCGCCACGAAGAAGAGCAGCCACGCAGGCGACUCGUCGUCGACCGAGUCCCUCUCCCUCGAGGCCAUCUCGGACGAGUGGGGCACCUACUCGUCGCACUCGUCGCCCUCCAACAGCACGCGCAAGUCGCCUCGAUCGCCCUCAGUGCACAGCGACAAUGACCUCACGCCCAAGAGCGGUCUCUCGCUCAACAUGGCGGCCCUGCAGGCGACCAUACAGGUCCAAAAGAGCAGCGAGCGCAAGGGCGAUCGGUCGAAGGAGAAGAACGGACCUCGCCCACAGAGUCCGAGGUCGAGGAAUCGCGAGUUCCUGAUCAAGACGUUCCAGGAGGAGGCCAACUCCUCCGCUUCGUCUCAGCUCGCACGCAAAAAUUCGACCAUGGAGGAGGACGAUAUGGUCAACCUCGACGCAUUCGCCUUCUGGCUGCUGGCCGACAACUUCAAGCGAUCAGCCAACGUGUGCACGUCACCGGAGGCGCACCGGGUGCGACGAGACUUCGCGGCGGCACUGUACGCCAAGUACCUGCGACCGUCGCAGUGCGCUGUCUCGCCCGCCGCCGCGAGUGCACGCCCGAAAUCCCCGCGGCCUUCGGACGCGCCGGUGGUGGUCAGCCCCUCCAUUCUGAGCGACAUCGAGUCCCAGUUCGCGAAGAAGGACGCCCCACUCCAUCCGCUCCUGUUCGAGGGCGCGCAGGCCGAGGUGUGGCGGGUCAUCACCAAGGACAUAUCGUAUUCGUUCUUCCUGAAGAAGCUCUUCCACUCGGUCCUCACGUGCGACAUGGAAGUCGAAGCCUGGAAGAACACACCGCCGCAACCCACGCCCAAAGACGAGGAAGCGGCCAAGGAGGGGAGAGCGGUGCAGAAUCUGAAGCAGAGCAUGUUCCUCAUUCCCGACGUUGUGUUUGCCGAGUUCAUUCGCUACUCGUCGGCGUCGUCCGGCGUCACAGUCGCCCCGCCAGAGCUGAACGGGCUGGUGCAGGGCAUGUGGGAGCGAGGGAAGUGGGAAGAGGAGAGCGAGGAGGACGGCGUGAGGAUCUCACAAAUGACCUUCAACAACGGCUCUCUGCCCGCUUGCCGCGGAAUCGGCGUCGUCCCUGCGCCCUCGCAUAAGGUGCUUGACUUUAUGAUGUCGCUCGACGAACGCAGCAUGUGGGAUGACCUCUACGGCGUCGGCCGGGUGGAGAAGAAUGUGCGAAACGUGGGCCAACUCCUUCGCAUCGAGUUGUGGAUACCAGGAGGACGCAAUGUACAGGCGCGCGAUCUCCUCGUGUUCCGCACGGCCAAGCGCUUCAGCGACGGCACCUGUGUUCACAACCGAGAGUUGCCCUCGCGUGAGAAUUGCAUUCGAGCGGGCACGAAGCUCUCCGGCUUUUUGAUCGUACCCGCUCCCGACAACACGUCCACCAUCAUCGCCAUUUCCCAGCUGGAUCCGAAGGGCUAUAUCCCUCCGACGGCCAUUAAAGCCCUCAACCGGAUGCAAGUCAAGCUCAUCUCGCGGCUCGGCCGACACAUCCAAGACGUGGCGCGAGCAUCGGAGCAGCUGGCUGGGCGUCACGGGGGACUGUCCUCGCCCUUCGUGGUGUCUGCUCUGUACAGUUACAACUGCGCGUGGAACCAGGAGAAGCUGUUUGCCAAGCACAACAAGGACGAUUUCGAGGGGGAAAGCGGCAAAGAUGCCGAGCCACCACUUCAGCAGGCGUUGGACGGAAACAACGCGGGCAUCCGAACCGGCAGCCAGGCGCCCUGGGUGCAUCGCGUACAAAAGUACUUGUCCUUCCGCGAGGGCGACAGGAUUGUGGUUCUUGGCAAGAAGAAGCCCAAGGCCGGCAACCCGAGUCGCCUGCUGUUGGGCUACAACGAACGUACCCGAAGCCAGGGCCUGUUCGACGUGGACUACGUGCGAUGCGUCCCUGCAAGCGGCGGCGGCAACACCUCGGGCUCCUCAAUCGCUGUGGCAUCUGCGGCUGCGAUCGCUGUGGCCAGCACGACUGCCGACGCCACGGAGGCCGUCGUGCCCGCGGUCGGCGAAGACGAGAAUCACCUGUCGCCCGGCUAUCUCGCGCUGGCCGACCUGCUUGGACUCAGUGAGUGCGGUCUGCGCAUCGUCGAGGCGCUGUGCGGCUGCAUCGAAAGCGCGGCCGAAGUGGAGCGGACGGCGCGAGCCUACAUGGAGAUCCUGCGCGCUUUCCCCAACCGCUCCCUCCCCCUGCUCUUCUCCCUGAUCGCCGACGAAGUCCGUGCUACGGGAAAAGUGCUCGAGUCGACACUGUUCCGUGGCAACGACAUCGCGUCGCACCUCCUCUCGGUGUACUGCCAGAUCGUGGGCAAGACCUAUCUCGUCGACACCUUGCACCACCUCGUCGAGCUGGUUGUCGACACCUACGCCAAGGGGAAGUCUCUCGAAGUCGACCCCAUCCGCAUACAGCCCGAGCAGAUCCUGGAGAAGAACAUCGAGAACCUGGAGCAACUGUGUUCAAUCUUCCUCGGCACCAUCACUAAUUCAAUCGCACAAUGCCCGAUGCCUCUGCGAGUGAUUUGUCACCACUUGCACAAGGAGGUUGUCCAGAAGUUCCCCGAGAGCAAGUACUCAGUCCUCUCGGGCUUCUUCUUCCUUCGUUUCAUCUGCCCCGCUAUCGUCAGCCCCGAGCGCUACGGCCUCAUCGAUGCAGAGGACAAGGAGAUUUCGGCCGAGUGCAGGCGAGGCCUGGUGCUGGUGUCGAAGGUCAUCCAGAACCUGGCCAACGGCGUCGAAUUCGGUGAGAAGGAGCAGCACAUGACCAAGAUCAACCGGUUCAUCGCCAGCAACAUGGUCUGCGCCGAAGCCUUCUUCGAAGUCCUCUCCACUCCUCCCACGAUGUCGGAGGCGCUGGAAAAAGUCCCUCUCGAGGAGAUGGUGCCGCAGGUCCGCGCGCUCCACUUCGUUCUGUGCUCACACCUGCCGGCCAUCGGCUCCAAGCUGGCCAGCAUGCCUCCUGCCAAGAAUUUGGGCGCGGCGCCGUUCAAGCAGCUGACGGAGAUUCUCGUUCGCUGUCCGGUCCCGCAACCGAUGCCCGAGAUCACGGGCCCCGUGCCGCUGCCCAAGAAGCACAAGCUGCGCAAGAUCAUCCAGAAGGUGCAGAUCAAGAAGGAAAAGGCCGACCGCGAGCGCAAGGAGAAGAAGGACAAGGAGCGCAAGGAGCGCGAGCACCAGCGCGAGGUUCGAAAGGAGCAGAGGGCCGCCGACCAACUCGAGAAGGAGCGCAGCGAGAGGCAGCGACAGAAGGAAAUCCUGCACCAGGAGAUCCGGCGAGUCGGCGGCAACGUGAAUCAAAUCGAGAAGAGGGAGCCGCCGCCCGUGCCCUCGCGCGCCAGCAAACCCGCGCGCAGAACCGUCGGGAGCGCGCUUGCCUUGGGCUCGCAGCGACGCGGCGACUCCUUCGAUGGCACCGCCAGCGACGAAAUCAGCACCAAGUCGACAUCGGAGCCGCCGUCGCUGGGCGAGCUCUACACGAAGAAGGACAGCAUUCAGCGCGGCAUCGAGUCUCUCUUCGUCGCCGCUACCUCGCAGUCCUCCGAAUUUGGCGCCAUUCGAGUGGUGGGCGCCUCGGGGAGUUCCGGACCCCGCCGCUCGGCCGCGCACUCUGAGGAGCUGGCCAAGCUGCUCCGGUCCUUCGAGUCGAUCGUGCGCCGCAUCGACCGACUGGAGAGCGCGACCGCCGCCGAACUGGCGGCGGAUUCGACCUCACCUUCCUCCACGCUCGACUCGCCCACCGCGGCGGGACUCUUCUCCGCAUCCAUGUCGCUUCUCUCCUCUUCACCCUCUUCCUCCUCCGGUUCGCCGCUCUCCUCCCUUCAGUCGAGCGCCGACGCCCUCGGCGUGCGUCCACCCGAAAAGCCGCUGCCGCCAUCAUCAUCGCUUUCCAAUAUCUCCAGUGGUGCGGUGCCGACAGUGUCGAAAGAGGCACCAGGCGUGCUUGAAGCUUCGGAAGAGGGCGACAAUGCCGCCAGCAUUGGCGAGGCGUCGCCGCCUGUGCCGCAAAUGUGGAUGCGCGCCAGCGGCAACGUGGACCGACCGCGCACUUGGCACAUGGCACAACCACCACCCUCUCCCUCACCCUCUUCGCCUGCCUCCUCGCCUUCGCCUUCUCCCUCGCCACUCGCCGUCAGCCAACUCACCUUCGCCUGA